AUGGCUGCCGCGUACGUCGUCUACCUGCUUCAGCAGCAGCGCGACGCGGAGCGGAAUCUACGGCAGCAACGUGUGUUCCGCACUCCUCGGACACUCGACACCAUCGCCGAUAACCAUCUGGCGAGGUACUACCGUCUCCCGAGACCUGCCAUGGAGAGACUCUGCGAGGCGCUCGCACCUGCGCUCCGCCGUCCGACGGCUCGGAACUGUGCGCUCCCCGUGGACGCCCAAGUACUACUGGCGCUUCGCUUUUAUGCGAGCGGCAGUUUUCAGUCGGUCGUGGGCGACGUGGGGAAUAUGAGCCAGACGAGUGCUUCGCGCAUCAUAAACUCGGUGAGCAGCGCGCUCUGCAACUUUGCCGAAAAAGGGAUCAAGUUCCCCGUGACCCCGCCGGCAGCAAUGCGUACUGCACGCGGCUUUGCGGAAACCAAUGGAUUCCCCAAGGUGCUGGGGUGCAUCGACGGCACGCACAUCGCCCUCAAGAUUGCAAAGAAGGUCCAGAACAUCUACCGAAAGAGGAAAGGCUAUGACUCCCUGAAUGUGCAAGCGGUCUGCAAUGCGUCGAACGAAAUCACACAGCUCACUGUGAAGUGGCCGGGGAGCACGCAUGACAGUUUUAUGUGGCGCAACUGCGACUUGUCGGAGAGGUUCGAGGCUGGGGGCACGCCCGAUGACUGGUUGCUGGGGGAUGCAGGCUACCCCCUGCAGCCAUGGCUGAUGACGCCAUUUCGCAAGCCGAAGGAGGAAGAGGGCGAAGAAGCCUACAACAUGUGCCUCACCAAGACGCGUCAAGUUAUAGAGAGGACAUUCGGGAUAUUGAAGUCCCGCUUCCGGUGUCUCGACAGGUCGGGAGGGGUACUGCAGUACACUCCGGGCGUGUGCUGCCGUAUUAUCGUGGCGUGUGUGGUCCUCCACAAUUACAGCAUCCGGCACCAUGUCUCCCUCACAGAUCCACCAGGUAAGAAAGACAUGUUCUCUGAAGAGUUUAUGCAUUAA